ACAAGUUAUCAAUCAUAAACGAUUCCGUCAACAGUUCGGUUAUCUUUAAUAUCACAAGCAAAAUGUGCAACUACUUGAAGUCUUCCUGUCCCCUGCUGGUCCUAGUCCUGGCACUUGGAACGAUCUCAGCCCAACCAGCCAGGUCAGCCAAGCAGCAGGCAGCUGCUCCGGCUCCCUACCCAUCCGCCGAGGAGCUGAAGCCCGAGGUUCCCUUCGAAGAAGGAGUGCCCGACCAGACCUAUGGACCUCCGGAUCUCACCUACGGACCUCCGCCCACCGAUGCAGUGGAGCAGCUGCCCAGCGAUGAGGCGCCACAGGACUUCACACCCGAUCCGGAUGCGGAGGAGGUGCAGCCCAUCGAACAGGCGCCCGCUCGUCUGAUCAAGCAGACCAGGAGUCGUCCUCGAUCACAGGGACUUAUCCUCCUUUCCUCGAGUCCAUUCCAAGUUGUUAGUCCCAUUCCAAGUGGAAUCCCUGCUCCAGUGGCCAUUCAAGCCCUGUGGUAGAAACCCCAAAGAACAAGCUGGUUACUG